UCCACAGCUUCCGGGCUGGCAGGGCUCAGAUUUACAAUUUUACUUCAUUUUUUUGAUUCGUUUUUUUAUGACAGACCUGGACCUGUGAUUUAUAGCCAAACACACAGCGUUGACAGAUGAUGCCAAUGUAAUGCCCGCGCUUUGGUUAGAGGGAUAAGGCCCAUUCCCGCAGCGACGCAGGCGGAGCGGGUGAGGAUAGAGGUGAGGACAGAGGUCUGGCUGUCUUGCUGCACAAAGGAACCACCGCCUGCAACCUUCAGGCUCAGAGGAAAGUCAAAAUAUUUAAGGAGCAGUGACGCUGCUUCUGGUUCACCUCCAGCAUUGACUUGAUCCUCCAAGAUGAAGUUGAAGGAGGAUAUGAAUCCCCUGCUUCUGCAGGUCUUUCGCUCUGUGGUUUGGGUCUACUCUGUCAUCACCUUCAUACCAUGGUACUUCUUCUCCGGAGCUGGCAGCAACUUGGAGCGGGCUCGCCGGAUCAAGGCACGCUCAGUGAGUAGACACCCAGCAGGGCCUUACAGAGCCAUCAACAACCAAGACAAGCUGGUGGCAUGGCAGCACCCCGGUGUGGACACCCUGGACAAAAUGUUUGAAUAUGCUGCAGUGAGGUUUCCGCAGAGAGACUGUCUGGGCACCAGGGAGGUGCUCAGUGAGGAGGAUGAGCUCCAGCCUAAUGGCAAGGUCUUCAAGAAGGUAAUUCUAGGGAACUAUAACUGGCUGUCCUACGAGGAAGCUUAUCAUGCGGCAAAGUGCUUCGGCAGCGGCCUGGCAGCUCUCGGCCAGAGGCCCCAGUGUAACAUCGCCAUCUUCUGUGAGACCAGAGCAGAGUGGAUCGUGGCAGCACAAGCCUGCUUCAUGUACAAUUUCCCACUCGUGACCCUGUACUCCACUCUCGGACCCACGGCCAUCUCCCACGGUCUGAACGAGACCGAGGUCACGCACAUCGUCACAAGCAAAGACCUGCUUCAGAGCCGCCUCAAGGCCAUACUGUGUGACGUGCCGAGGCUGCAGUAUGUCAUCGUAGUCGACAGUAAACCCACGAGCUGGCCCAACAUCCCCAGAGGCAUUAUGAUCUACAGCAUGGACGCCGUGAAGGAGAUGGGAUCCAAACCUAACAAUAUGGCAGUAGACCGCAGACAGCCAGAGCCCUCGGACAUCGCCGUCAUCAUGUACACCAGCGGCUCCACAGGCAUCCCCAAGGGUGUCAUGAUCUCCCAUGGCAACAUCAUUGCUGGAAUCACUGGCAUGGCUGAGCGGAUUCCAAACCUCAAUGAAACAGACACCUACAUUGGCUACCUGCCGUUGGCUCACGUUUUAGAGCUCAGCGCUGAACUGGUGUGCAUCUCACAUGGCUGUCGCAUCGGCUACUCCUCCCCUCAGACUCUAGCCGACCAGUCCACCAAGAUAAAGAAGGGCAGUAAAGGGGAUACUAGCGUGCUGAAACCUACUCUCAUGGCUGCUGUACCAGAGAUCAUGGAUCGAAUCUACAAGAAUGUGAUGACCAAAGUGGAGGAGAUGAGCAAAUUCCAGAAGACGCUCUUUGUGCUGGCUUACAACUACAAGAUGGAGCAGAUCUCCAGGGGCUACAGCACACCUCUCUGUGACAGUCUGGUGUUCAAAAGGGUGCGUGCACUCUUGGGAGGCAACACGCGGGUGCUGCUUUCUGGCGGGGCUCCACUCUCGGCUGCCACACAGCGCUUCAUGAACAUCUGCCUGUGCUGCCCUGUGGGCCAGGGCUACGGCCUGACAGAGACCUGUGGAGCUGGCACCAUCAGUGAGAUGUGGGACUACAGCACAGGACGGGUUGGUGCUCCACUGGUUUGCUCUGAGAUCACACUGAAGGACUGGGAGGAGGGUGGUUACUACAGCACAGACAAACCCAACCCAAGGGGGGAAAUUUUGAUUGGCGGUCCCAACGUGACGAUGGGUUACUACAAAAAUGAAACCAAGAACCGCGAUGACUUUUUUGUGGAUGGGAACGGCCAGCGAUGGUUCUGCACCGGAGACAUCGGAGAGUUCCACCCUGACGGAUGCCUCAAGAUCAUUGACCGUAAGAAGGACCUGGUGAAAUUGCAGGCAGGCGAGUACGUCUCUCUAGGAAAAGUGGAGGCUGUUCUGAAGAACUGCUCACUCAUAGACAACAUCUGUGCCUACGCCAACAGUGACCAGUCGUACGUGAUCAGCUUUGUGGUGCCUAACCACAAGCAGCUAAUGGCGGUGGCAGAGCAGAUGCAGGUGAGGGGCACAAUGGAGGAGAUCUGCAACAACCCCCAGAUGGAGAAAGAGGUCCUCCGCAUCAUCACUGAGGCUGCUAUAUCAGGAAAACUGGAGCGAUUUGAGAUCCCCAAGAAGAUUCGUCUGAGUGCUGAGGCCUGGACACCAGAAACUGGCUUGGUCACUGACGCAUUCAAACUAAAACGCAAGGAGCUUAAAACACACUACCAGGAAGACAUUGAGAGGAUGUACGGUGGAAAAUAACCCACAGACACACUCCAAAACAACACGGAAACACAUACACAUGUAUACUUGCACACAUACACAAGGAGCUCAGAAGCCACUACCAGGGCUACUUGCAGAGGAGUUCAACUUAAGAUAACGUUAACACUCACACACAUUAGUACAGACACAUAAAGCGCCUCAUGCACCACCUCCUCGGCUUCCCUGCGACCAGCUUCGAUCAACAGAGGGAGG